CUAAUUUUUGACGAAGUGAUAUUUUUUAGGUAUUGUUGGAUUUGCUCUGUGAAGAUUUUUCUAAGAACAUUAAUGAUAUUGUAAUUAGAGUUUCAGUGUAUAUAUUUGCUACUUCGCUGAUUCGUUGAUUCAGAAUGUGUUGUUCUGCCAAUUUUUUUUAAAAACCUUGCUAAUAAACCUCUCCAAAAACUACACCAAAUUUCAAUGUUUCUCUCUCUACUUUCUAACUGUACAUGAUCAGGAAGUUAUCUUGCAAACCCACCCAUUUCUUUGCGUGCACAUUUUAUUUCUUCAACACCCUUCUGCUAUUAGCCCUAAAAACGUGAUCCUCCUCUGGUUUCCCUCUGUUUCAUUAUGAUUUCAAAAAACACCCUGUUUCUUUAAAGUCUUUCCCCAUUUUGCUUCAUACUAAAAAAGGGAAAAAAAACCAUCUUUUGUUGAAACUAAAAAGAACAACCUUUUGUGUUCUAUCUGUUAACCUGCAUUGUGAAACACCAUUAAAGAGGCUGCCUUUAGGGCUCUGGCAGUUGAGCCAUGUCAAGUUCUGGUGAUACUGUUGUUGACAAGAAAAUGCUGCCUCUUCGUACAAAACUCUGCGGCUGGAUUAAUUCCCUGGUUCAAUAAGAAACAUUGCUGAGUGAUGCUAGUACUGUGUUACAAUUAAGACAUCAGUAUACAAAUAUAUGUCGGUCAGUUGAGAUGAUUGUUUGUCAGAAGUGUGGUGAUAGGGGAGAUGUGAAACGUCUCAUAUACUGUAACAAGUGUCACGUUUCAGCCGAGCAUAGUUAUUGUCUGGACACAUUGCCAAGGAAAGGCGAGAAAGAAGUCCUUUGGGCAUGCGAGGAAUGUUGCUCAAUAGAUGCUAAUCCUACUCCAGUUUCAUCAAGAAAAAGUGAACGAAUAGAAGGAGCUUCCAAGAUUAAGUUGAAAAGGAUGAAGUUGAGAAAGCAGACAAGAUUUUCUCCAGUUACAGCAAAGGCUUUUACAGAUAGUUCGAGCCAAGUGAAGCAGCCUGUAAGUGACUAUUGUUGCCUGAAAGAGGCGAUAGAAACACAAUCAACUUCUCAAAGUCUUCAAAAUGAAGAGCUCAAAAAACCAAGGAGGAGGUUGGUUGUUAAAGAUGAUAGCAGCUCAGAUGAGGAAUCUGGCGUUAUUGAGUGUUUGGUUGUCAAUCCUCUUCAAUCAGCUCCUGCUGUUGCUGCUGAUUCACUGAAUGUAUCCCACAGUUCACCAUCUUCAGAAUCCGAUAGAUACAUCCAUGCAAAACCAAUCAUCGAUCCAAUUUGGAAGGGAAGCUUCAACAUUCAAAAUUUGGAAAAUCAUACCUCUGUCUUACUUUUGGCCCAUUUAUCGACAAAUGCUUGCUCAAAAGUAUGGGAUGCAGCGAGUAACCUCCCAGCACAGCUGAACAUAGAAAUUUUGUCCAGGUCUGAUGCAUGGCCCCAUAAGUUUCAGAUAACACCGCCCACUGUUGAAAGUAUCGGUCUUUAUUUUUUUCCACAAAGAGAAAGAGAUGAAAAAGUUUUUGAAAGUCUUCUGGAUGAGAUGAUAAUUCAUGAUCGAGCUCUGAAGGCGGUGAUAAAUGACUUGGAACUGUUGGUCUUCUCUUCUUGUGAACUGCCCCAAGAACAUUGGCGUUUCUGCCAAAAGUAUUAUUUGUGGGGGGUGUUUAAAGCAACUAAAAAACAUGCUGUUGCUAGCAAUGCAGAGGCUUCCAUGCCCUCCAACCUCUCAAAUAAUGCUGGCACUCAAGAUGGGGAGAGUGUUGGAUUAGUCACCCGGAAUCCACUCAAAGUCCCUUCAGCAAAACAAAUGGCUGCACAUUUGUUCUGAAAGUUCCUACUCUUUAUGUAAAAACUUCAGUCUCCUCAUCGUAUCAGUGCAUACCCACUGUUUCAGCAAUUUUGUUAAGCCUCAGAGAAUAGAUGAUCAAGCGAUACCUAUAACGAACUAGUUGCAUAAUACAAUAUAGGCAGCAUAACCACAAAUUAAGGAAUGAGUUGGACUUAUUAUGUCAACCACAGACAACAUUACAUAGUUAUUUUGAUGCCAAACCUUGUUUGAAA